AUUUAAUUAUCAUGCAUCCUCAACUAAUUAUUCAUAAACACGAAGGCUGUGAAGGUGUCAUUGAAGCUUUGGAUCAAUGUCAUAAAGCCAAUUCUUUCAAUAAAUUCUUAGGUUUUUGCAAUGAUGCCAAACGUCAAGUAGAUCAAUGUUUAAAGGAAGAAUUCCUUGCUCAACGGGAAGAAAAUAAAGGAAAGAAUGCGGAAAAACGAGCAAAGAUGAAAAAGAUUUGGAAAGACAUUGACGAACCUUCACCUGAAUUUAUUGCCAAACAUACCAAGACUACUACAGAAUAGAAUACAACAUAUUAUUAUUUACCCAUUGACUACAUUCAUACACAUACACAUCGUUUCAUUAUUGUCCAUUUUGUUUUAUAUUUAUACAUCAUUCAUUAUUAUUAUUUAUCAACUUUGUUAGAAUAAAACUAUCUUUUUUUUUGGAUCUUAUAUUCCUCUAUAUGUAUAUUUGACUACAGUGUAAUGAUAUUUCAUAUUUAUUCAUUCAUUUGUAUAGGAAAAAAA